AAGGACGUAGUUUAUAAUUUUAGUGUGAUUACAACUGUUAAUAUAUAUUUAGGAUGGGUUUUAAUAUAAAAGUGUUUAUCAUUAAAGCUAUUUGGUGAAAAAGAGAAGAAAAGAAAAGAAAAGAAAGGGUGAUUGAUUGUCAUACCAAUCGCGUUAUCCCCAGGAAAAAAGGAAUUUGGCUUUUUGGGGAGGAUUGUUUCUGAUAUGAUUUCUUCUCUUCUCAUUAUGAAAAACAGAGGGAGAGGACUCCUAAUUUGUCUGUUAAUUUAGGAGCUGGCCGAUUAUGGUUAUGGAGAGUGGAACCGCGACAUUUGUUGACUGCACCAACAUUUAACUUUCAUGGAAGUUUCUGUUUUGUUGAAAUUUCGAAACCUUGCGGGAGAUUCGAGGGUUUGUAUUAGGGUUUCUUAACCUCCAAUACUUGCGACUAACGUCGAUGUCAUUUCAAUUCGGAAAACCCUCUGAGGUUUUUUAUUUUGCUUGGAGGAUGUAUACAGUUUUCUUUACGUUCAAUCAACCCUCUGAAAGCUGAGGCCCAGAAUUGAGCUUUCGGUUCUGAAUUUUGUGUUCAUUUUUUUUCUCCCUUGUGGGUUCUUUCUGGGGUUUGAAUUUUGUACUUUAUGGUUUGGGAUUGGGGGUUUUGAGAUUUAGGACGAUGGACGAAUCGCAGGGCAGUUCGAAUACGUUGCCUCCUUUCCUGACAAAGACUUACGAGAUGGUCAAUGAUCCUUCCACGGACCCAAUUGUAUCCUGGACUUCAGGUAAUAGGAGUUUUAUUGUGUGGAACCCAUUGGAGUUUUCGUGCGAACUGCUGCCCAGAUUCUUCAAGCAUAAUAAUUUCUCAAGCUUCAUCAGACAGCUUAAUACAUAUGGUUUCAGGAAAGUGGAUCCAGAGAAAUGGGAAUUUGCCAAUGAGGAUUUUGAAAAGGGUCGGCCAGAUCUUUUGCGGAACAUCCACAGAAGGAAACCGGUUCAUAGUCAUUCGUUGCAGAAUGUUCAAGGACAAGGAUUUCCAUCUCCAUUGUUGGAUCUUGAGAGGAAGAGAUUCAAGGAAGAGAUUGAGAGGCGUAAGCAAACUAAUGAAAAGCUUCUUCUUGAGUCGCAGAGACAUGAACAAGAGCAUCGUGAUUUUCAGUUGCAAAUGCGGUUAAUGAAGGAGCGGUUUGAAAAUAUGCAGCAACAGCAGCAAAUAUUGCUUUCUCAUGUUGCUCGUGUUUUGCAGAAACCAGAAUUGACGAUUUAUUUUGUGCCAGAACCAAAUUCUCAUGAUAGAAAGAGGAGGUUGACAACAGUCACCUACUAUUACAAUGAAUCCAGUGCUGAGGAUGAUCUAGAAGAGCACUCCCAUUCAAUGUCAAAACAGCAAAUAGAUUAUUCUUCAACCUCAGACUUAAACAUGGAGCACCUUGACCAGUUAGAUUCAUCCCUAACAUUUUGGGAGAGAACCAUUCACGAUGUUGAUCAUACUAUCUUUUUACCUAACAUGAAGUUCAAUCAAACCAAAAGAGACAUUCAAAGCCCAUCAACUCCUUUUGUACAACUCGAUAGGAGUCAUCAGUCCAAGUCCCAUGUUAUUGACAUGAAUUCAGAACCUGUUGGAAGUAUUGCUUCUGAUUCCAUUGCAUCAAGAAAAGAAGCUGAUGAAACUACUGCAAGUGCACGUAAUGGGGCAAAUGAUGUGUUUUGGGAACAGUUCUUGACUGAGAAUCCUGGUUCAUCCGAUCUUCCAAAAGUUGCAUCAGAAGGAAAGGAUUCUGAUAAUGGCAGAAAGAAUGAGACUAAGUCCAGAGGCUUUGGAAAACUUUGGUGGACAGGGAACAAGAUAAAUAACCUUGCAGAACAGAUGGAACACCUUACUCCAACUGAGAAAACAUGAAAUUCUUUUAUCUUUUUUUAAGUGAUGAUGCUUUGUUGCCCAUGUGUAAUAAAUUUAGGUACUAAUGAAAUCGAUAGAUUGUUGAUAUGUUGUGCAGUUAUAUAGAGAUCAGUUUCCGCGACUUUCCUAUAACCAUGGUUGUAGGGAUUUCUGGCUCGUAAAGGUCCUUUCUUUUGCACCAUUUGAUUGUGAAUAUUAGCCGACUAUACAAUAGCUUAUGUCUAAUUCUCUCUUUUACAUACCCCGAAUGUGAGGUUAUAUGAUAUCUACAAUAGAACAGGCACGAUGCAUCAGAUAGAUAAGUGAAAGAAAUGUCCAUGUGGAAGCUCCCUAUCCAA